UCCGUACAUUAGAGUGCAACCUUAGUAAACAACCUUGGUAUAUUUACAGUUCUUUUCAGUUCGCUGAGUUCUUACAAUACAACAGUAUUUAAUUUGUUCCUCUUCAAUCUUCAUUCAAACAUCAGAAUCAACAUCAUCAGAGUCAACAUGCCUAUUAUCAAGCUUACCUACUUCGAUUUCAGGGCUAGGGCCGAGCCCGCUAGACUUGUUUUAGCACAGGCCGGAGUUGACUAUAUUGAUCGCAGAAUUCCUGCUUACUGGCUAGAUAUAGAGAACUGGCAGAAAAUGAAACCCACCACCCCCUACGGACAAAUCCCAAUCCUAGAAGUUGAUGGUGAAGUUAUCUCUGAAUCUGUAGCUAUUACUCGCUACUGCGCCAGAGAGUUCGGUCUCGCCGGGAAGACGACAUUUGAAUCCGCUCAGGCUGAUGAGAUUGUCGAUGCUGUGCAGGGGGCUAUUGAGAAGCAGUACGAUGCUUUUGUUUUUGAAAAGGAUGAGACUAGAAAGACAGACCUUCAGAAGGCAUUUAACGAAUCAGUUCUGCCAACCCUUCUAGGAAACCUAGAGAAGCGUCUUUGCUCUCGUGGCGGAGACUUCUUUGUAGGCGGAGCUCUGACCUGGGCGGAUAUUGUCACCUACAACUUCUGCGUUGAACUGCCGGACAAGACCGUGGUGGAGAAGUACCCUAAGAUCUCCGCCCUGGUGGCGAAGGUCGGAGAACUACCAAAUAUCAAGGCUUGGGUUGCUUCAAGGCCAAAAACUAUGUUUUAAUUGGUUUACUUUUGUUUAAAAA